UACAUGCAGGAGCGGACUGACCAUUUGGAAACUCGGGCACUGCCCGAGGGCCCGGGGUCAGUAGGGGGCCCCAUGAGAUGCCCCUGGUACCUUUUUCAUAGGCUUUUUUGAGUUUGGGCAAGGACACAGGGGCCCCAUGAUCCCCUAUUGCCCGGGGGCCCCAUGAGUUGUCAGUCCGCCCCUGUACAUUGCCACCUAUCAGUGCUGCCUGUCAGUGCCCAUCAGUGCCACUUAUCAAUGCCCAUCAGUUUUGCCUAUAAGUGCCCAU